CAAGUGAGGACACAUAAUCGUGUCUCAGGAAGCAACUGGGGGUAGGUCAGGGAUUUCCUUGCUUGCUUGCAGCGUGUGACAAAGGUUCUCUGGGAGGAGGCGUGCACCCCAUGAGCCAGGCUGGGGCGAAGGUCUGGGCGCAGGUCCCUUGGGGUGGGAUGCGGUGAUCGCGGCCGGGAUCCGGCAGCGCUGGUGGGAGGUGUGUGUCGCCGGGAGAGCCGCUGUUCUGGGGGAGGGAGCAGCACAGCGCCUAUAUCCAGCUCCGCGCCGGCAGCCUCCCUGGCACUGCUCGGAGGCCCCGGGCAGAGCGGUGACCCCUGCAGCCGGCUGCCUGCGGGGGCUGGGAGCGCUGUCCUCCCUCCUGGCCAUGGGCACCGGGUGGGAGGUGUGUGCGCUCCUCUCCACGGCGUUGUUCGCUGCCCAGGCGUUCCCUCAGACCAACAUAAAGAUCAGCCAAGCCAUGCCGGAGCCUGUCCAUGCCUACUCCUGCCCGCUCUUCUGGACAGAGUACGAGGGCCAUUGCUACCGGUACUUCCCCGUCAACAAGACCUGGGCUGAAGCUGACCUCUAUUGUGCCGAGUUCUCCAUUGGCAUCAGAUCAGCCAAGCUGACCUCCAUCCACAGCUGGGAAGAAAACGUCUUCGUGUAUGACCUGGUGAACAGCCGUGUGCCGGGAAUCCCCACCGACAUCUGGACAGGACUCAAUGACCUGAGGCAGGAGGGUCACUUUGAGUGGACGGAUGGCUCCUCCUAUGACUACCACUACUGGGAUGGCAGUCAGCCCGACGACGGGAUCCACUCCAUCCCAGAGGAGGAGGACUGUGUGCAGAUCUGGUACCGGCACAGCAGUGCACUGCGCUCGUGGAAUGACAAUGCCUGUGGCAGAGCCUUCCCUUUCGUCUGCAAGAUCCCCUCGCUGGCCCUGGACUGAGGCUGCUGGUGCUGCCCAAGCUCCCCUCAUUUUGGGUCACCUCUCCAUUGGCAGGGAAGAACAGCCAGGACGUGGCACGGGUGGUGAGAGCGUGGAGCUGCUCAGCAUCCCCAGCCAGACCCCAGCUGCAGUAUCCCUCCUGGAGUGCUGUGGAUCCCCCCACCUGAUGCUCACCCUCCCCAUGGGCAACCAGUGAUGGGAGCUGUAUUAAACAGCAAAGGAGCCCCCCGAGCCUGAGCCUGGCUUUGGGUUUCAGAUCAACUAUUGCAGUGUAUUAGUGGAAACCCAUGAUUUUACCAGUACACCAAACUGUUAGCACCAAAGAGUAGCCAUGUGUAGGAAAUCAUUCUGCCGGUUCACCUGGGAAGGAAGAGUGUAGGAGAAGUGUUAUUUUCUGUUAAGUUAUACAAAAUGCCUCUCGUGUGUGUUAUUUUUCUCUCCUCUAAAAUAAACAGCAAACAGCAG